AUGUCGAUAUCCAGCAGCCUUGCAUGUCUUUCGCAGCAUUCCUAUCCGGAACUCGAGAGGAGAGAAGAACACGCCAACGAGCAAGAGAAACUUGUUAUAAAGACCCGCAAUGGUGCUGUUAUUGUCGUUCAGUGCACCGAGGAUAUCGCUCAGGAACUAUAUUUAAACCCAGAACAUUACAAGUAUACCUUGGAGCCGGAUGAAACUCUCUUCAAAUUCCUGAUGGGGGCCAGCACCGUUCUACUCAUGAUCUCCGUGCUUCUUCUAAGCAACUGCGGGUGGACAAUGCAGACAGCUAUCGCUGUUACCUACAUCCUGCUGAACUUUUGUUACUGGGCCAUCUCAGUGCUGAUUAAUGGGCAAACAUUCUGGGAUUUACGUACAUUUACAGUGAAUGAUUCCAAACAUAAACAAUCCGCUAAUUAUACGUAUGCACUCUGGUUUGCGAUCCGGGAAACGGGCGAGGUUGGGUGGGUUAAAGAAGCUCGUUUAUUACCUGAUUCGGAAGCGUGGAAUGCCUGGUUAGAGGAGGCAAAGCAAAACAUCACAAACCCAGACUGGGAACCUGAGGAGGCAAGACUCCGAUUGAUGGCAGGAGCAUCAUUGUCAAGUCGCUCCCCUGUGUCAGAAGUUGUCUGA